CGUCGUAUAUAGUGAGUCGUAGUGGAGUGAAAGUGGAUCAGUUGGUGCCUGGCAUCAGGAGGAGAAAGUAAGGACAAGUUUGGUUCACUGCUUUCACUGCCACCACUCCACAUCAAAAUAGGUCAUCGCAUCCUCCCCAGCAACACCACUCCCUUCAGGAGGCACUUAAUCCGACAGGGUUGAUCGGGGAAUAUCUACACAAGCUAAAAAUAUUUAGCAGGCACCUCUCCACGUCACCACACCCAGCCGAAAAGCAAAAGGAAAUCAGCAGGAUGUCCUCGUACGAGAGUAGCAGUCCAAAAGCCCUUCGUGUCACGGAUUGGGAGCGUGAGGUACGCUUGGGGCUCACGGCGUCAUCCAUGGACCAGUUCGAGGAGCGUGUGAGGUCAAAAAUGGACAUCGACUCAGAGCUCUCCCUCCGUGUCGUGUUGGAAUCGGAUGGAACUGAGAUUGAUGACGAGGACUACUUCGCCACCCUGGAACCCCACACCACGCUCAUGGUCUUGGUUGGAGAAACGCAGCGAUGGACCCCGUACAAGUCGAACUUUGUUCUGGGCCUGGCCGUGGAAGGGGACGGAUGCAACGGGGGCGGAGAUGGGGCCUCUCCAGUGGAAGACUUGGUCUGGCGUCUGCACCAAGAUCUCUCCUUCUUCCCCUGGCUCACGCUCCCAGAGUUGGAACGGAUCUCGAAAAUGGAUCGCGAGGAAAUGCGUCACGUCGUCCCGGACCCAAAUUUCCUCGAGUUCCUGCAAACUCUAUGUGAACGAUAUUUACAGGAAAAGGAGAAGGGACCCACUUCUGAGGGGAUGAAUGGCGGGUGUAACGGGACGAUGCCGCCCCCGCGCUGCUCGACCGCCUCCAUUCUGAACGACCCACUCAAACUGAUCCGCCUCUACGCCAAAUUCAACUCGAUGAAGGCGCAAAAUGGAUUCUUCUCCUUUUCCUCAUGCGGAUCCGAGGAGUCGCUGGCUUCACUCCACAUCUCGAACAAUGUCGGUGGUGGUGGUGGCGGCGGCGGGGGCGCGGUCAGGGCGCAACCUUCCAUUGAACCACCCACUGCCAAACAGCAGAAUUAAAUAAACAGGAAUCAAUUCAUGGUAAAUAGGAAGAGGUGUCAGUUUGGCGAAAAGCAUAUUGGCGAAAAACUUUCAUCAUACAUAAAAUUAUCCAAUUUGGCGAAAAAUAAUACUCAUUUUACAGUUCUUUAGGUUCAAUAAUGUUUCUAAAGUACAUUUUAGCGAAAGCAAUGUCUCCAGGGUGCAUAAACUUUUUUGUUGUCCAUAGUUUCUCCUUAGGAGAAACCACGGACAACAAAAAAGUUUAUGCACCCUGCAAUGUCUCAUUUCACGAUUGCUUGACAUUUAGUGCCUAGUUACCCUUAACGGUUGCGACAAAUGGUCGAGUUAUAAAUAAAAUAUUCAUUUUUAAAAUUAUUUUAAAAUUGGUUUUUCUCCCAUGGACGAAAAACCAAUUCUCCAGCCAAAAUAUUAAAAAAAUAAACUGUAACCCACGACAAUUUAAAAAUGAAAAUUCAUUUGUAACUCGGGCAUUUGUCGUAACCUUAUAGAUUGAUAAAGUGUCAAAUAAUCUUGGUCUCAUUUGGCGAAAAUGCAGAUAUUUCGCGAAGAUUUCACAAGUUUUCCGUUUUCGCCAAGUGUGACGUUAAUUUCGUCAACUGGUACUUUCAUGAUAUUUAAUUUUUCAUCAAUUUGACUUUCGCCAAACUGACCGUAAAUCGGUAAAUAUUUGUCGUCGUGUAGAAUGGAUUCGAAAUUUGUAUUAUGGAUGGAAUUGUAAAAUAAUUACCAAGUUUGCACGAAUUUCUCACUUUGUCACAUUAAACAAAAAAUGUAUUACAUACAAUUUAUAAAUUAUAGUGAAUUAAUUAAUUAAUUAUAAUUAAUUCCUUCAUAAUAAGUUUCACGUACAAAAAGAAACUGCAUUUUGAAAUUCUGUUGCAUUUUUAUCCAGUAAAUAUUGAAAAAUAGAGAUUAAAACAACGAAUACCUGAGAACGGUAAGGUUUUAUAGGGUAGAAAAUAAAUAAGCGUUGGGUGUGACUGCUGUACAUACUUUUGCUCAAGAUUGACCUCGACCUCACAACUUGACCUGUGGCUUUUGUAUACGGUGGUAAUGUUCCAUAAGAUUCGAAUGAGUUGGCCAAAAAGCGAGUCAGUAAAAAAAAGUAGAGACUUUUGUUGUAAGUACAUAUUAAAUUAAUUAGUUGGGUACCAGGGAUUAUCAAGGUGCAGAUUAUGUGUAUCAUGACCACGACGUUCUUCAACUCAAUCAACGAUACCACAGUACAGAAAAAGGGCUUCUACAUACAUAACACACAUAAAACUAAUUAAACUACAUAUGUAAUUAAUGAAGUGUAUUUAAGAACCGUGUACUCAACUUAGGAUUAGUUAAUUACCUACUUUUUUCAGCACCAUUAUUAUCAAUUGUUCAGGUUCACGUAGGUGUUUAAAUAUUUGCAUUUAACUCAUACUUUUACCGUUUUAUUUAGUAAUCAUGCAUAUGUAAUUAAAGAGCAGGAGUGUAAUAAGUACUCAAAUCUCACAGAUAUUUACAGCGUAAACACGACCUCUUCAGUACAAGUAUGCUCAACCGAAAAUUUAAUAAAAACCGAGUUUCAAAAUUGU